AUGACACCUUAUUCGGCUCUACCACAGGAUUUCUGGAAUCUUGAAAUGGCUGAUGUCAAUAUUACUAGAACUGUAGAAGACGAGAGACUGGUGAGAAAUGUGGAAACUAUUCAAUUUUGUUUUUUCUGUAUUACAUUAACAGUUCAUUUAACAAUCAUUUGGGCUUUAUUUGAUGCACAUAGUCGGAAAUUUCAAGAGUUGAUGAGUUCAUUUUUUAAAUUAUGCCUCUCUACAGCUGGCAUAGAUAUUUGGACCCUGUUGACCAACUAUUUUGGCGCAAUGUUUGCCAAAUGGGGUUGGUUCGUACCAGUUUAUAUGUUCUUGGGUAGAGGAUAUACACAUGUUUAUUUGUAUUUUGCAUGGAGCACAGGAAUAUGUCAGGCUAUGGGAGUUUCAAUUUUAGCUGCAAAUCGUCUAUCAGUCAUGCUUUUUCCUACAAUAUUUCAUCUAAUGUGGAAAGGGUACCGUAUCUGGGUAGCUAUCUCCAUUCAAUACAUUUUUGGAUUGUCAGUUGGUAUUUCCACUUUUUUCAAUCCAACUCAGCUAUUCCGCAACGAACAAAAUGGAAUUGUGCCAAAGUUUUUGAAUGUAACAAUGACAAACAUAUUUUUCGUAAUUGGUGGUGUGUUUUUAUUUGUAAAUUGUUUGUUUCUAGUUCUAACCUACUGUUAUUUAUUUAUAGUUCUUCAUGAAAGAAAUAAGAAAACACCGCCCCGACCAACGCGACAUAUAUCAAAACGAAAAGAGCUAGCAAGGAUGAGAGAAGCAAAACUAUUCACCAUGAGUACAAUUACAGUUUGUGUUCAAAUGUCCGUUUUACUACUUUUUAUUUUUGGAGGAUCUGAUAUUUUGGGAUUUUCUACUGAUCAGUUUUAUAUGGUUUAUAAUGCAUUGAGUGAUCUUUAUGCAAGUAUAAAUCCAUAUUUACUAUGGAUAUUCUCAGAUACUCUUCGACGCUAUGUUCUUCAAAGACUCGGUUUUGCGAAACGAGAAAUUAACAUAACGUCUGUGACACCAAUUUUUGUGCUACCUUGA